AUGCAGGAAAUAUCAAUGCAAUAACAAGGUAUAAGAUUAAGUUUUAAUGAAAACAUUAUGCCUCAAUUUCACAUUGACAUGGUACUUUUUUUGAGGUAUUGGCAAUCAUAUUUAAAAAAAAUGUAUAUUAAAAAUGAAGGUGAAAAGCAUGAAUCAUACUUGAAGCAUAAAAGAUAUAUAACUGUGUAGGUAUGUAUCAUACUUCACCUAGGGGUUAUAGUAUUUGGAUUACUAGAACAUAUGCUCCACUAACACUAACAAGACUGAUAUAAGAAUCUAAGAUGGAUAAGAUAGACAAAAUACACAAUGA